AUGAGCACCUUCUUCGAUGAAAUGCAAAAGUCCUUUACUGACGUUCCAGUCAGUGCGGACAAAAAAGUCAGCACUUCUGAAUUCUUGGAGGCUUCUGAAUCCUUAGUCAAAUUGUUUGAUUUGUUUGGCUCAUCUGCUUUCUCUGUUGUUCAAAAUGACAUGAAUGGUAACAUCAAGAAAAUUCGUGAAUAUCUUCUCAAAAACCCAGCCAAUGCUGCUACUUUGCAAGACUUAGUUUUGGCUGAAGCUGGCACCAAAUCCAAGACCGCAACCCAGGGUCUUUUGUGGCUUUCUAGAGGUUUGCAAUUCACUGCUGAAUCCUUGAAGGAAACUAUUGACAACCCAACUAAAGAGCUUAGUGACACUUUCACUGCCGGUUACAACAAGACUUUGGUUAAGUAUCACUCUUUUGUCGUCAAGCCAGUUUUCAAGUUGGCCAUGAAGGCUUGCCCAUACAGAAAGGACUUCUUUGCCAAGUUGGGUGCUGACCAAACUAAAGUCCUUGCACAAUUGAAGGCCUGGUUAGCUGCUUUGCAAAACAUUGUCUCCAUCAUCUUUGAAUUCUUUGCUUCAGGUAACUACGGUAAGGGUUUAUAA